AUGGAGAACGGCAACAACCGACCGGCCCUCAAUGGCCGAUCAAGUCUACCUACCUUUGUAGGCGGCAAGUCACUCUCUGCUAAGAAGCACCUCGAUAUCCGACGGCAACCAUCCUUCGAGCGACAACAUGACGACAACAGCCAAUUCAACGGCGCUGCCCGCCGCCGCUCGGCUAUUCCGACCCCGAGUCCUGGCCCGUACCCAUCCUCUACCAUCAACCGCAACCCGUCACCAUCGUUCCGACGCUCGCAGCUCCCACGACCCGGAUCUUCGGCGCAGCAAGAGAGACCUGAUCACGCCAACGUCAUGAGCAACGGCCAGUAUAUGUCGCUGCACGAGGCCAUGCGUCGUAGCCCCUUGGACCUCAGCGAGAGCGAGGAGUCGUCCGCCCGGGGCUCCCCUAGCCCGGCGCCCCGUGAACACCUCGACGGGAUCCGCUCGAGGGAUUUUAAAGGACACUUCAGCAAGAUACCCUUGAACCUCAACCGCAGGCCGAGCUCCAGGCAGUCUACCGGCAGCGGAGGUGCCAUACGUGACGACGAAUCACAGGUGUCGGGUGGGAGCAGUCCCGAUGGGCGACCUCCGUCUAGGCUCCGCCAGCCCACGCAGUACAACACUGACAGGGAUCGGAUAAGUCUCGGUGGCGGAGGGGGUUUGUUCUCCAAGACCAGGGAUGGCGAUGCGGUAAAGCCUGUUGGCACGGCAGGUAGGGAGCUGUCGCGCAAGGCCAGCACAAGCAGUCUGGAUGGCAGGAGGUUUGGAAGCUGGGGAGUCAAGGGCCAGCUGGAUCCGAACUUCAAGAGGAGGCUGAUGUCUCCCGAACCAACAGACACUCCAGUCCACGAUGCCAAUGUGCCGAUUCCCUCGAUAGAAACGGCACCAAUCAACCGUUCCCCUGAGAAGAGCUUUGCUUGGGGCGCAGAAGCAGAUUUUACGGCCGGCGAUUUGCAAGUCUCCGACAGCCCUCCCGUCAAGGUUAUACCAGACACACGACUCGGACUCCAAAAUCUGAAGUCAUUCCAGCCAAUGGUUAGAAGCAAUACAAGGAUCGACGAGAUCAGAAGGCGCGAGAACGAGGCGAUGCUGGAGAAUUAUGAGCAUGAUGAGCCAGAGUCUCCUCGGGAGGAUCAAGAGAUCAUGGCCAAGGAAGCGGAACCUGUCGCUACUAAACCCUUAAUCCACAGAACGAACCACAAACUAGAAGAACUGCGCAUCAAGGAGAUGGCGUCGCUAUCAAAGAAGAGCUUGGCUAAGGAAAGGCUCGACGACAUCAGGAGGCGCAACUCGGCUUCACGCUCACUUUCACCCGAGGCUUACGCCAAGUCGAACUUUGACGUCGAUGAGGAGGUUCCAGAUCAGGCCAAGAAUGUGGAGGUCGUACGAGAGGAUGAAGGCGAGGCCAUUCCAGACACGCCAGUUAUUGUAUAUCGAAGCGAUCGUCGCAAGAGCAUAGGUCAUAGAAAGGUUGCGGAUUUUGAUACCGAGGAGACAGAAAAGGGCAUUCUUCAGCCAAAACCAACAUCACACUACCGAAAAGACUCGCACGACCUUCUUAAAAGGCUGGCUCGUGCAGCCAGCUCCAGCCCCUCACAGGAGAAACCAGCCGAACUACUGGAUGGUAGCAAACAGGGGCAGAACAAAGGCAAGGAGUCGCACAGAAACAUCGACAAUCAACAAGAAAACACGAUGCCUACUUCAGCUACAAACUACAAAUCCUCUUCAAAUCCUCAUCAAAAGGAAACAGGUGAUCUGGCACGAAACUCUGGGUCUGCAUUCGAUGAAGAUAAGGACUCUGCCGAAAUGGACCCACCAAGCAAGCCAGCAUCAGGUGCAUCUUCAAAACGGUCCAGCGCCACAUUUGACCCAACGGACCGCAUCACCUCGGAGAAGAACCUGUUCGAACCUAGAGAGGAUGGUCAGUCUGAACGAGGCGCAUCAGCCGCUCCCUCGGAGCCUGAUAUCAUGAACGACGUCGAGGAAACGCCCCGAGCCAAAAGGCCAGACCCCCAAUCGAUGCCAACGCCCAAGCCACCGGGAGGGUACGUUGAGACGCCAGCCACUGUCAAAGUCGAGGACUUCGCAGUGAGGAAUCGGUCUAAGGGAUCAGUUGUUGAAGGUGCCUCGGUAUUCAAGCGCCCGCGGUCCUUGAUAGAGGUGAAGGCUAGGAGCGAUGGCGAUAACGCAACUAUCGGGCGCUCAAGCUCUAUCUCUGCGGGCAGCAGCGGUAGCCGCAGCAGGCGGCGCUCAAGGUCGCUGCCUCGCGCGCUGUCGCCCCUGAAAAACUCGAUGAAGCUUCCCAGUGCAAGUGAAGAUCUCGAACAGAUCAAGAAGAAGUGGCAGACAGACGACGAUACGAUAGAGAUAGACUUUGAUACCAUCGAAGACUUGGAUGAGCUGAUGAAAGACCUAAGAGAUACGAACGACGAAGCAGUGGCGGAGCAGAAAAAACGUGAAGAAAAACAGGACAAGGAUAAACACACGGCUGUAACACAGAAGCCCAAGGUCGAAGAAAAGGAAGAAAAUGAAGAACUUGAUAACCUUGGUAGGGGCGUUCACCGGGCCCUGCGGGAGGUGCAAGACUCCAGAAAGGGAAUAGAGCGGCUCAUCAAGGCGGCCGAAGCUAAUCCGAGAGACGCGGCCUCCCAACAAGCCAUCCUGGAUCGACUGAAAGCCCUCGAGCAGUCGCAAAGCAAGUUAGGUUCGUCAAAGACAUCAGCGGCAAAAUCGGGCAAGGGUGGCGACCCUGUCGUCCAAGGCGUCAAGGCUACGUCGCGAUACAUAACAUCAUGGUUCUGGCGUCGAGGCGGCGGUCCCUCGUGGCUCGGCAGCCUGCUUAUCAUAAUCCUCGCCUGGGCGUGCCUGGAAACAGCGACCUGCAGCGCCUACUGCCGGCCCACGUCGUGUUCUCCAGGCCAGGACUGCUCGUGGACUCCAUCCGACCCAUUCCCGGGCUACGCACUGCCCGUCAAGGUGGACCAGUGGACGACGGGCGGCCGCGGCCGGGUCCUCUUUGAGCGCCUGACCGAGGAGAUUGGCGACCUGGUGGACGACGCCAAGGACAUGGUCAUGGACUUGGCCUUUGGCGGCGGUGAACCUGGCGGCAGCGGCAUCCGCAAAAAGGACGAACGCCUCAUGACGUGGGAGGAGCGGCGGCGGUACCGUAGGAGGCUGGCGCGGCGCGGGCUCAUCAAGAAGUGGUCGCCGCCGCCCGAGUACGCGGACCACUUCGAGGCCUGGGGCGCCGCGAGGAAGCAGCGCGAGUACGCCGCCAACAUGCGGGAGAUGGGGUACGAUAGGGGCGACGGCCUUGGUGGGGAGAGAAUGGACGAUGAUGAGAGGGUGUUUUAG